AUGACAUCUUUAAAUGGGCCUCAAUACCACCAAAGUCACAGUGCUGGUGCCAGUCUGGGAUUCAUGUCUUCUCCAGCGACUUCUCUUUCGAGCCCGUUCUCGCAGCCUCCUCAUUCGGCUUACUUGCCAUCCCCAGGUGCUGCCCACAGAGGUAGUUCUCCAAUGACUAUGAGAGUGUCAUCGUCGUCAUAUAGUGCGCCCUACAAUCCUCAGGAGUGGGCGCCUAUGAAUGGAGAUGGAUCUCCUCAGAUUGCUCAGGUUACGCAUUCUCAGCGCAGUCAUGCGAUUCGCAUUGUGCAACCGUCAAAUUUGCAGCACAGUCUGGAAUCUGUGCCAUCACCACCACCGCCAUACACUCCAAGGACCCAGGCACCAUCGCCCCCAGGCCCAACGUCUAUACCGGUUCAAACCCCACAACAUGGAACGCCAAACGAUAAUAUCAAUGGCAAUGCAAGGUAUCACAUUGGAGUCCCUCACCCUCGACCUCUAUCAAUGAUCUCGAUGACUGAAGGUAACGUAAGCUGGCAAUCCACAUAUAGUGUGCCUCCUCCACCUCCUCCAGCAGGAGCGUCCAGAUCGUCAUCCCGGGCAGAUGCAGAUCGCUAUCAAACCAGCAUGGAUCCUGGAUACGGCAAUCCAACGCCUGAACCGAUUGUCUCUCAUUACCUGACGACCACCCAGCAGCAGGCAACGUACGGCGAGGUGAAUAAUAUGCGUCAGUUCGAUAUGCCGUUACAUGCCCCAUCUUCCAAGAGAGCUGCUUCGACUGGUGCUUUGAAUACUGCCACAUCUUCAGGAUUGUUAAAUCCGGCCUACGACCGUUCAUCGCCGCGAAAUAGCUGGGAACCUGGAAUGCCGCUUCCGCCGCCUCCUCCUGGGCCCCCGCCGGCAGCAAGAUCGCGGAGUGCCAGUACUACUACAUCGGAUGCUUCUUCAAGACGUGCAUUGCAGGUUCCGCGCUCACGGGUUCCUCCGGUCUUGGGAACUACCCUUGGCCAAGUCCCACCCACUCCAGCAGACUGGGUAGAUGAGACUGUUGCAUCAAGGCGCGAACCCGAUGGAGCGCGAAGAUUACAAAUCGACACGGAGGUUGCAUAUAACACUGCGACAGUGCCUAGAGAACGAGAAGCAGAGCCAGAAUCUGCAGAACCGUCGUCCUCUCGAAGAGCAUCUAGUCGCGGGGGACUAUUCCGCAGCCUUGCCGUGAAAAGAGACCCCAGCGCCAAGGGUAUACGUGAACGUCGAAUUGAGAACCGGCACCGACGGCAGCAAGUUUCUGAAGAUCUCUCUGCCGUGUCCACUAAUAGUAAUCCUUGGGCAAACGCGUUAACACCAACGAAUCUAGUUCUCAACGGUUCCACCACUGAUAACUCUGGCGACAAGACCCCAAGCGGACGACAACAGACAUUUUCCAAGCCACUUUCGAGUGCACGAAGCACGAAGUCGGAGGAAAUACCGUCCACAAGUCGGUCUCGGACGUCGUCUGGGCUGUUCUCAGAUCAAUCCUCGUACGGAACGCCAAAACCAGAGUCGAUAUUCUCACAUGCAGAGGUGACACCCACUCCACCUUUCUCACCGGAGAAUGAGUCGCCGUUAGCCAAGGACAAACACCAUUUGCUAAACUCCAAACCUUUGCCCACAACGCCUCCAAGCUCGGCUGGCGAGUCGAAACCAUCCUCGCGGCCUGGAACCAGACUUGAAGAUCGACCGGUGUCUCAUUUGCUGCAUAUUCCGAACGAUAUUGUUUCUGUGCUCCCGCCACUCUCUCCACGUCGUAUGUCGACCACUCAGACACCGUCGCUUGAUUCGGUCCUUCAUAGUGAUAAUGACUUCUUGGAUGGUGGUCUGCAAAGGUAUCGAGCAACGCUUGAGAAGGAGGCUGCGGCAACCAGUGAAUCAGAGGCUUUGAAGAUAUUCAUGGACUUUUUGGUCACCGAGUCACAGCUUCGACGGCGGUUGUAUGCGCGUGCUGUCAAUGAUGCGGAAGCCGAUAUUGAAAACACACGCAAGAAACUUUUCAUAAUACAAGAAACCCCACAAGCUUCUCGAGGAAAGCCAACGGGCAUCAAACUGGAUACGUCGUUCACUGAGCAGAAUAGGCCUUCGGGAGGUAUGUCUACACGGCCCGAGUCCAUGUGGUGGAACAACUAUAAGCCUUGCCUGUCUCCUAUCGCUAGUAUAAGUAUUGAGAAUGAUGAGAUGAGUUCUAGGGGUCGACCACCUAGUCGUUGGUGGGAGUCAAAGACUGGCUCAAGCAGUGAAGGAGGAGAGCGAGUGUCGCUUAGAUCCAAACGGGAAUCGAAGUACAUGGGUGUACCAAGAGAACUACGAGAAGAGAUGCAACGUGGCUAUGGUGGACCUCUUUCCGUCACGGAAGAAGAACAAUAUAGUGAUCAACAAAACUUCUCGCAAGGAGGGUACGGUCCGGAUGAGUAUCCGCCUGAAAAGGUUGGACUGCACGAACCAGAGAUGAAUACGGCUCAAUAUCAUCAAUAUCAGCUUGAGAUCUCGCAAGCGAGUCAAUAUCGAGAACCUCGUGGGCCGAAGAAGAUGGAUAUUUCGCGAUUGGUGACGCUUCCACCACCUUAUCCGAGACAUCAUCCUGCUGUUAACAACAGCCAUCCGGAUCUUGUCGUCUAUCGAACCACGGUUCGCUCAAUCAGCGAUAUAUCAGAGAUCAGGGCAACCAGGGAACAAUACAAUCAGCAAAUGGCGCAGCUGAAACAGGAGCACGAGACCAAGAUCCGAGAAAAUCGCAAAUAUUUUACGGCUAAUAUCCAGCAACAAAUCCAGGAAGGCAGCAUCAAAUACGCCGAGGCUGCAGAGGCAGAAGCGGCACUUGAAGCCGAAGAGCAAAAGAAGCAAAGAGACUUGGCGCAAAGUGAAUAUGAUAGUUAUCAGAAAAUGGUGAUGGAACCACUGCAUCUUAUUCUCAGUGAGCGGGUGAACAGGGCCACAGAACGAAUCAAUGAGCUCAGCGGGAAACUCAAAGAAGACAUUCAACAUGAAAACCCAGAUCGUACGCAGGAGGAAGGAGACGAGAAACCGGAGAUCUUGGAGCAACUUACUCAACUGAAAUGGCUCUUUGAGGCUCGCGAACAGCUCUAUCGUGAAAUUUAUGAUCUUCUCGGUGAAAGCAAUGAAAAAUACCGAGCAAUUGUCACUUUGCCGUAUAAGCAAGGUGAAAACGACGAAAAACUUCGAGAAGCUGAUGCAUUCUUCAUCAAGGAUUCUUACGAUCGCCGCGUCCAGUACGAAUCCGAGUCUCUUGCUAGAACGGAAGCGUUCAUGGAUGUGGUGGAAGAAAACGUCAAGCGUGGUGUUGAGACGCAUCUUUCCGCCUUUUGGGAUAUUGCACCUUCACUGCUCACGUUGGUGCAGCAAGUACCUGAGAAUCUGUCCAGCUUCCAAAUCGAGAUCCCCGCGCAGGAAUACGAGGAGAAUCCGAGCUACUAUCAAUUCCCCUUGCAAUAUCUGUACUCUCUACUAUCCCACGCCGAGAAGUCAUCAUAUCAAUUUAUCGAAUCCCAGACAAAUCUCCUCUGCCUCUUACACGAAGUCCGAUCCGGAGUCAUGAUGACAAAUUGUCGUUUGAUGGCGGCACAGCGAACUCGGCACGGAGAAUCCGAGGACUCGGUGCGCAGGGAGAUGCAGGAGAUGCAAGCCCGGGAGGAACGAGAAUUGACAGUCGAUCUGAAAGAGAAAGUCUCUACUGUUGAGGGCCAGUGGACUGAGGCUUUGGGCAGUCAGAUACAAAGUCUCCGGACGAGGGUGAAAGAUCACCUGCUUGCUGAAGAUGGUUGGGAUGAGACUUUGGAGCAAUUGGAGUGAUAUUCAUUAUGAAAUGGGAAAGGAUGAUUUAUGACUUUAUUUUCUUGUUAUUAUUAUUCUUUUUGAUUUGAUUUUGAGGGAGAGAGAGGAGAGCAAUAUACCCACUGUCGUUAUUGAUAUCUUCAUCCUGUU